AUGGUUGAACAUGCCGAGACGAAGUCUCGCCACCAUAGCUGCCCGACGGCCAGGGCCACCGCUGCGCCGCUUUGGGGCGUGAGUCAAUCCAAUUCUGGCGGUAACACAGGAGGAUGGGGAGACGACAGUCAAGGCGGCUAUAAUGACAAUAACAAUAAUAACAACAAUAAUAAUAACAAUUAUAAUGGAUGGGGAAACAACAAUAACGACAAUAACGCGGAUGGCGAACAAUCGAGCAGAGGCAGUUGGGGAAAUUCGUUCGCCGAGCCUAGUCGAGGUAGCACAGUAGCUCCACUGCCUGCUGGAGGUCGUGGAUUUUCGCCGAAGCAGAUCGAAGACAGGUUCAAGGACUUCGAUGUUGAUGAUCAUAGUCACGGAGAUGGAGAUGAAGAAGUGUUCGAGAAGGUCGACGUCCGUUUCACGACUCCAUCGACGAGAGGAGAUCGACGAGGUAGCUCGUCCAGUGAUCGACGUGGAAGCUCGUCCAGUAAUCGACAAGGGAGUCAAAGCGACGCGGGCAGAGAAAUCGAACUGGUCUGA